UGCUUGUCUCGUGCUUCCUUUGAGAAGGGCUUCCUCCACCCUUGGAGAUGGAGCCUGGGGGAGGAAGAAGUUGUGGCAGCCCAGAACACAGCACCAUUGUGUGCCUGUGCUUUGCCCCUGGCCCGAGGGGAUGAUGGGGAAACCUCUCUGAUGCCUUUUUGGAGGGCAGGAUAAAUCCAGAGGGACUUGAGUGGUGGGGCAGCCCCCUGGCACAACCCUCCAGAGCCUCAAGGGGUGGGAACAUCAUCCCUCCAUCAGGGACAGGGAGAGGGGAAUAAAAUUUACCAUUGCCCUGCUGUCUGUGGGCUCAGAGAGCCCUGUCCCAGCACAAGGGGGACUUUGCCAGCCCAAGAGGCUGCUGGAGGCCAAUGCAGAACUGUCGUUUUCCCUGAAUUCCCAAAGCUGUGGCCUGCAGAUAAAGGGAUGUUUGUUACCCGGGCACACUGUGUUUUGCUGAGCAGAACAAUAAAGAGAAAGACACUCACAAUGGGAAAUUGUGCUUCCUCCUCCCCGUGCGCUCCUCGGGGAGGUGUUGGAGGGGGGAAAAAAAAGAGAAGAAAGCAGGAAGAGACGGUGACAGGGCAGGGAGCGAGGGCACCAUGGGAGCGGGCAUCAAGGGCCACGGGGGUGCCAGGGCACCGCCCGCCCCAGCGCAGUGACAGGGAAGGGCUGGCUGGGAGCACCUGUUCGCCACCUCCCGUGUCCCCGUGGUGUCCCUGUGGUGUCCCCGUGUCACCUCUUCCUCGUGGCACAGGUCCAGGCUCUGAGGGACCCCUGGCCCCACCAUGGGGUGUUUAUGACGGAGGAGGGCAGCAGCAGGAGCUGCACGUGGGCACGGGGCGUUGGAUGGGCACGGCAGCUCCCCGAGGGACCUGUCUGGGGACGGCUCCGUCCUGCCCCCGGCUCUGAGGAUGCACAGGCUGCUCCUGCUCGGCUGCCUCUGGCUCCUGGCAACACCCCCAGGGUCCAGCAUCUUCCAGCGGCCAACAGGGACCCCAGCCCCCCUGCACCUGCAGUACCUGCUGGAGCCGCUGCACCCCACGGUGCACACGCAGCGCGGUGCCACGGCCACCCUGCCCUGCGUGCUGCGCGCCCUGCCUCGCAACUACCGCGUCAAGUGGAGCAAGGUGGAGCCGGCCAACUACGGGGAGAGCAUCAUCAUCAUCACCAACGGGCUCUUCCACAAGAACUACGGGCCCCUGAGCCCGCGGGUGCGCCUGCGGCACAGCCACCGCUACGACGCCUCGCUCACCAUCACCAACGUGGCGCUGGAGGACGAGGGGCGCUACCGCUGCCAGCUCGUCAACGGGCUGGAGGAUGAGAGCAUCUCGCUCACGCUGCACCUCGAGGGUGUGGUCUUCCCUUACCAGCCCAGCAACGGGCGCUACAAAUUCAACUACCACGAAGCCAAGCGAGCCUGCGAGCAGCAGGACUCCCGCCUCGCCACCUACCAGCAGCUCUACAAAGCCUGGAUGGAGGGGCUGGACUGGUGCAAUGCCGGCUGGAUCCUGGACGGGACCGUGCACUACCCCAUCAUCAACUCGCGGGAGCCGUGCGGCGGCCGCCUCCUCCUGCCCGGCGUCCGCACCUACGGCGCCAGGGACAAGCAGAGGGACAGAUUCGAUGCUUUCUGCUUCACCUCUGCCCUUCAAGGCCAAGUCUACUUCAUCCGGGGCCACCUGAACUUCAAGGAGGCGGGGCAGGCGUGUCGCAACCAGGGCGCUGCCCUGGCCAAAGUGGGCCAGCUCUACUCAGCCUGGAAGUUCUCCCAGCUGGAUCGCUGUGACGGGGGCUGGCUGGCGGACGGCAGCGUGCGCUACCCCAUCACCACGCCCCGGCAGCGCUGCGGAGGGCUGCCCGAGCCCGGCGUGCGCAGCUUCGGCUUCCCCAGCAAGGAGAUGAGGACCUACGGCUCCUACUGCUUCGUGGGCAAGUGAGGACACGGGGCUGAGCGCAGGGACAGCGCCGGUGUGGCGGUGUUUGAGGACACAGGGGACAGUGCCGGUGUGGUGGUGUUUGAGGGUCCCCAGGACGAGGGAAGAGAUGAGAACACCUCGACUCCAUGUUUCAGAAGGCUGAUUUAUUAUUUUAUUAUGUAUAUUAUAUUAAAGGAAAAUGAUAUACUAAAACUAUACUAAAGAAAGAGAAAGGA